AUGCCCAAUAUCCUCACACUCCCCGCAGAUGUCUUAUUGCUGGUCUUUGACACAUUGGUGGGCGACACUACAACACUCGCCAGCGUCGCACGCGUCUCUUGUUUAUGGCGCACUCUGUCUCUCCCCUUCUUGCUCAAGGAUGUUGACCUCAGCAGCCACAACCGUGGCCGCCUUCCGGAGUAUGAGGACCCAACUUUCGCCUUCUCGAGGGUCGUCAUGAGUGACUACUCUGACAGAUACCGCCCUCGCAGCCUGGUCCCACGCCAGCGCGCCUUUCUUAGACUAAUGGUCGACCGCCCCGAGCUUGCAAUACAUGUCAAGAUAUUCACGUGGACCCUGGUGUGGCAUGAUACCGACGAUUUUGGCGGCGAUGGGGAUGAAAUGACCGACAUCGACUUUCGGACAUGGGAAGUCUUUGAUCGGCUUUGUUCCGUCACCCACCUGGACCUCGCGUCACUGCACCAGAUCGGCUACGAGCCGUACAUCCGGCAGAACCCAGACACGCUCUUCCCCGCCGUCACUCACCUUCGUCUCGUUGGGUGGAUGUCCCGUGGGUUGGUCAGGGCCAUAGUGAAUUCACUGGAUGCCAGCAAACUUGUCAGUGCUAAAUUCGACUACCUGCAGGACGAAGGCGCCUUGCCCAACGGCGGGCCAAUCCCACAAGACUUGGUGCGGCAAACCAGACCAUCUGGCUAUCCCCGUGAUUUGCACAGCUACGGAGGUAUCAGUGACGAGCUGUGGAAUCAACAAGAGCGUGGCGAAGUAGCCAUCCUCCCUGGACCGAUGUGGCUACCCUUGCGCCUCUUGGGGUCGCGACGCAUGAGUUCCAUGGCCCAUCUGCAGGUCAGCCUUAGCCCCUUCUCCAACGAGGCGGACCUGCGCAACGAUAUAACUACAUUUACUGAGACGGCUGCAUUUAUUCGAAGCACGAAAGAUACACUAAAGAGCAUCUCCAUCACUAUUGGAGAGUCAACCUAUCUGUUCCCUACAAAAGAAGAUCUCGCCAACAAGUGUGGGACCAGUCGUGUGAAUCUACGCUACGUGUACCAGCCCAUGUGCUUUGACCUGACAUCAUAUUUCCUCCGCCGCCUUCUUGCGGUACUCAACGAGGAGAGUUUUCCACAUUUGACUCAAGUCGACUUGAGGGGUUUCCGGGUCAUACGCACUGGCAUUCCAGGACGUCCUGUGGAUCGAAGCACUGACUUGACUUGGCAGUACAUCCGGGACUGUCCCUUUGUUGACGAAGACUUCACCAAGACGGAUAACACCGACUGCCGUCAGGCGUUCUCCGGGUAUGAUAUCUACCUCUCGUCGGCAGAGCUGGAUGAACUCGAACAGAGUUUGGAUUUGCGCUAG